ACAUACGAAAUCGCAACAAUAUUCAACACAUUUGUUCAGUUGUGUCAAAUUAAAUGAUUAUUAUAAAUGUGAAUAGGCAAACAGAAGUCUUUUCGUAUGUUCGCUUACAAAGUGAAUUCCAUUUUGUCGCAUCUAAUUUAAAUUCAUCGUAAUUGAACAAAUUGUCUCUAAAGUGAGAGACAUAUAAUCAAGUGUUUCAUUUCAAUCUGCUAAAACACAAUUUACCACUAUGUUUUUGGUGGCAAUAACUGGUGGUAUCGCCACUGGCAAAAGUACCGUGACAAAAAUUUUCAAAGAUAAUGAUAUUCCUGUGAUUGAUGCUGAUCUCAUCGCCAAACAAGUGAUUGACAUCAACACCCCUGCUUACAAGCGUAUCAAGGCAGAAUUUGGUGAGGAAAUACUAUUGCCAAAUGGAGAAAUCAACCGAAUCGCUUUAGGACAAUUGGUGUUCAAUGAUGUUCAAAAACGUCGUACCCUUAAUUCCAUUACACAUCCACCAAUACAUCAAACGAUUUACAAACAAAUUAUCAAAUAUUUUGUGCUUGGCCAUAAUUUUGUCGUACUGGAUUUGCCAUUGUUGUUCGAAACCAGCUGGUUUUUGCCAUAUAUUCACAAAAUUAUUACAGUAACGUGUGAGGAAGAUAUUCAAUUGUCACGCUUGAUGGAUCGUAAUGGAUUAUCAGAAGCCGAUGCGAAAAAGCGAAUUGCUGCCCAAAUGCCAAUCGAAGAAAAAUGCAAGCAAUCACACUUUGUCAUUGAAAAUUCCAGUAGUCUGAAUGAUGCCGAAGAGCAAACUUUAAAAAUAUUGGAGGUUCUCUUGGAAAGCAACCAUCAUUGGCGCAUUCGUGGUUACAUUCUGGCCACGGCAGCAGUCUUCAUAUCCGGUAUCGCUUGGUUACUUAACAAUAAGUUCAAGUUUCUAACCGAAUGAAAUUGAUCGUCGAGACCGCACUCAAAAUGUGUUGACAUAAAUGAGAGCCUGCAUGCACAAUAUAAGUUAUUUCCAAAAAAAAAAUAAGUAAUAAUUUACAUUUUUCAUUCUAAAUUCGAAAAGUUGUUGGUGUAAGGUUAAAAAAACAACUUGGAACAAAUCACAACCAAAAAUCCAUUCAAGGAAUAAUAAAAUUCUGAAAUACAAAGUAA